AUGGAUCUUGUAGGCACACAGGUGACGGUUCCCGGAUCACGAGGACAUGGUAUACUUCGAUAUUACGGACCUAUCGACGGCAAAGCUGGAGUAUUCGGGGGCAUAGAAUUGAUAGGUCCUUUGGCAACUUCCCGCGGAAAAAACUCAGGAAAUGUUGAUGGUGUACAAUAUUUUGAUGUCAAGAUUCCCCAAACUGGGUUAUUUAUUCCGUGGGAAAGGCUCAGGAGUUCGAACCCCCAGUUGGACAACGACACGAGUGGUCGUAUAAGUCGCCAAAGUAGCGGAAAUGGACGCCAAUUGCAUAUACCGAAGAGAAGCACCCAGUCUACACCCGAGAAAAACCGAGAUUCCAGGCAAGAAGCGUUGUUUUACAAACAACAGUACGAGACGUUGAAGGAAGAAACGGAGAAAAAAUCAGCAAUUCUUACAGAACUUCAAAGAACAGUGGCUGAACUCGAACCGUUGCUUGAAGAGUACGAGAGAGACCUUCAAGAACGAGACAAAAAAUUGGCCAAACAAAGAGCCGAGUUUGAACGAGCUCGGGAAAACUGGCGUGAAAGCAUGGACUUGAUGUCUUCGACUCAGCAAGAAACGGAACUUUUUUACGAAGAAAAAUUGAAAGAAUUGGAGGGAGGUGCCAACAUCGAGGCAUUGAAAAAACUCCACGAAAAAGAGAUUGACGAGCUCCAACGCAAGCUCGAAGCAUCACAGAGUCGGGUUGAAACGCUAGAGAAGCAACUCGAAGCCGAAAAGAACAAAAACGAUAGAAAAGCGUUGGAUGAUAUUCUGACGAAAAUGGCCCAUACCUCACUUAAUAACAACCAACUUCCAAUUUACGAGCCCAAAAAGCAAACCGACCCGAGCACGGGGAGAGACAAUUGGUGCGGGCUCUGCGAACAAGACGGCCACGUAGCACUGGAAUGCCCGUAUGAAAAUGAUGCCUUUUGA